AUGACGAAGGUCGCCCCGGAGCCCGCCGAGGCGCCGGUGGCGUCGGCGCGCGGCGGCUAUCAGAUCCCCGCGGAGGCCACGGCGAAGCUCAAGGAAGCGAAGAAGGCCGGCCACACGGCUCGGCUGCGCAUCUCGCUCGUCGCGGGCGGCCUCGGCUCCGUGCUCUUCUUAUAUUUCAUCGCGUCCAUCAUCUUCUUCCCGGUGUCGUCGGACGCGCAGUGGGUCGGCGUCUGCUGCUGGCCGCCGGGCACGCUCGGCCUCAUGCUCGCGGUGCUCCCCACGGAUCGCCGCGCGAUCUACAACACGGCGCGCUUCAUCCUGUUCUUGAUGCCCUUCUGCGCCUACGCGGCGACGAGCCUCGCCUGGUACUACACGCCUGGCCAGCGCGGCGGCCGCGAUUGCGUCGACAAGGCGCCGCGCUGGAUCUGCGCGACGGACGCGUUCCAGGGCUGGGGCAUGUGCGCCGUCGUCUACGCGAUCACGUGCGGCCUCGUGUCGACGCUCCGGCUCCACCCGCGCGCGGCGCUCGACCGGCUCUGGCUCAUCUUCACGCGGAGCCUCUUCGCCAUGGUCUGCGUGCGGGUCGUCGGCCGCGUCGCGUGGCAGGCGAAGCCGUCCUCGCUGCGGCUCGGCGCGCACGUCUGGGGCUGGAUCUACCUCCUGGACCUGCUCGCCUUCGGCGCGCUCGCGUCGAGGCCGAGCUUCCGCCAGAAGGCGCACGCCAUGCUCAUGGCGCGCGGCGGGCAGAUCGCGUCGGCCGCGGGCGUCGCGGCGUUGCUGGGGGGCAACGACGUCGAGACCGUCAAGGCGACGGCGCAGAAGAAGUUCUUCGGCGUCGACAUGUCGCGGGUGGAGUUGGCGCACAUCGCUUCGCCCCAUCCGGACCCGGAGCUCUUCAAGCUCGCGCAGAAGGCGUCCUUCGACCAGGUCGACUGGUUCGUGAGCCACAGCUGGCGCGACGACGCCGACGCGAAAUUCUCGGCGCUGCAGAACGCGCGGACCAGCUUCCGCGACGCCCACAAGCGCGAGCCCAUCAUCUGGGUCGACAAGCGCCGCGCCGCGUCCCGCGGCUGA